UUAAUAUGGCGACGGACGCUCGUGAUGUGAAAGAAGGUGAAAUAUAUUCUUGCGAUUUAUUUAUCUUUAAAUAAUUUACAUACAUGUUUAAUAACAUUAAAACAUAACUUAAAUGAGUGACCUUAUAUUCUGUAUAUAAUUUUGCUAUGGGAGUGAGGUCAAUAUUAUUCAGAGGUCGUAAAUUUCAUGCUCUACUUUAGAAAAUCAGUGGCCUAUUAAUCAAGUUUUUAAAAAGGAGCAAAUGGUUUUAGUCAUUCAGCUUGCACAAUGACGACGGAUUAUAGUCGCGGAGUUCUGCGACUUGUGGUGGCUCAAAUGUGCCAAACUGUUGGUUGGCAUUCCAUUAAUUCCACACCUUUGGAGUUUUUGGUUGAUCUCAUGCACGAAUAUCUUCUACGAAUAUCAAGACUUACACAUCAAUAUUGCGAAGUUGUGGGGAGAACGGAACCUAAUCUCGACGAUUUGGGAUUAGCUUUUCGGCAUAUGAAUAUUAACAUAGAGGAAUUGUCGGAAUAUGUGAGAAAUGUCGACUCGAUUCCAUGUCCGAUUUCAGUGCCAAAACUUCCUGUGGCUAGAGAAAAUCACUUGAAUUUUUUAAAGCCCGGUAGUCGUGAAGUUGUCACUCGACCAGUGCAUGUACACGAGCACUUGCCGGCAAUGUAUCCUGAAACUGAGGAAGAUUAUCCCGCGGAGAAGUCGGAGACCUUGACGAAUGGAUUGUCCGAGUCGCCAGAAUCAAACGGCUUGUCAGCAGGUGCAGCGGACAGUUUGUCGCCCCAAGGAGUGUUCAAGCGUCCCGGGGAUCCCGUUUCAUUCGAGAGUCCAAUAACGAAGCGACCGAAAUUGACCGAGGAGGGAAGACCGUUGCGCGAGAUUCACAGCGUCAUGAUGACAACUUCUGGGUUUUUAUCACCAGCACGCGAAGGUAAACUCCCUGAAGCUCGUACUCCUCAACAGGUACGCGCUGACUCGCCCCCGCCCAGUUCUUAUCCCAUGGUUCCACCAGAACUAAAGUCCGACAAAAAGCCAAAGAAAAUCGUCAAGAAAACGCCGGAGGCACGUAAAUUGGACAAGGAAAAUAAAAAGAAAAAUCGGGUCAAGGAAUUGUUUAAGCCGGACGAGGUGAAAAAACUAACUGGCAUGAAGGAGUUGGCUAAACUGAAAGCCCUGAAGCCAGGUGGCGGCAAAACACCCGGACCAUCGGGCACACCUUCCGCGAUAAAAGCACCGAAAACGUCUGCUAGUCCCAAGCAGGCAAAAAACGCCCAGUCGAAGGUAAAGGCGGAGAAAAUCAUCGACGUGUCAAGUACUGCACCGCCUCCCGACAAGAAGCAGGAGUCCAUUGAUAAACUCCCGUCCGAGCCAGACAAACGCAAACUAAACAUAUUCAAAAAGAUUUCCAAACCCGAGAAGGAGACAGAACAGCACAAGCACAAGGACGUAAAAGUCUCGAGGGAAAACUCACCGUCUCUAAUUAGCGAUGUUGGCGAGCGCUCUGACAUCGAAGUGAAACGCGAGGAGAAGAAAACUCCUCACACACCGGAUGUUGUACUCCCCGAUGGUGAUGUAUCUGCAUUACAGAGUUCCGCCACCUACGCUUACACCUUCGACAACAUGUCACCUCCCGGUACGCCAAGCACUCCAAAAACCCCCGAGCUCAGUCUCCCUCUUCCCGUGGAGACAAAGAAAAAGAAACGCGAACGAAUCGCUAAGAAAAAAGAACCGAAAAUCAAAACUCUCAAGUCUGUCAACACCAAGAAGACAAAAAUGAUGGUGGAACCAUUAGAAAUGGACUUAACGGACAGAACCAAAAUUCCCCAACGCCCUGAGUCCCCUCUCCACCAUCACCACCAUCAACAACAUCAUCCUCCACCUCCACCUCUUCCUCAACCUCCACCCAUAAUACGCGAACCACAUAAUCUUUUACCAUUCUCAUUCUUUCCACCGUUUCCAGCCCCUGGUCUCAUCCCGCCUCCAAUUGGACAUCCAAUGUUUCCACGAUUUCCUCUCCCACUUCCGAAAGGCAUAACACAUACUCAUCCAGGCAUGGCGAAUUUACCAAUACCACCACGUUUUCUCAAUCCACCAAUGAAACUCGAAGACUAUUCAAUGGGAAAAGCGAAAGCUGUUGAUCGCGAGAAGUAUGCGCCGAUAAUUCCACCCGCAAAACCCGAGAAAAUUGAGAAAGAAAAGAAUGAAAAAAUUGCAAAAAUACCUGAUAAAGAAUUAAUAUUACCUGUUACUUCAGCAGUGGUACCACCACCUGUGAUUAAUACACCACCUGUUGUUUCUCCUUUGGCAUUGCCUAUUGUUCCACCAGUGCCGACUAAGCACGCGAAAUUGGAGAAGGUCGAUAAGAAAUCUAAGGAGCAUAAAAAAGAGAAAAAAGAUAAAAUUAAGAAGAAGAAAGACAAAAAAGAGAAGCACAAAGAAAAAGGCGAAAAAGUAAAGAAGGAAAAAGGUGAGAAGAAAGAAAAACUGGAGAAAAUUAAAGAGAAAAAAGAGAAACGCGAAAAGCGUAAAGAAAAGGAUUUAAACAAAAAGACUGUGAAAGAAGAAAAAGCUGUAAUUCCACAUGAAAUUGCAGUUCCUAAACUUACUCUCAAACUUGGAACGUCAUCUCCAAGACCUCCUACUCCCGAUAGUGCUCCUAUGAAAAAAAUAACCAUAAAACCAUUAUUGAAGAAACCGGAAGAGGAAGCGAUAAAAAGAGAGCCAAGUCCGGAAUUAGCGAAAAUCUCGGCUCUCGUUACUCGGCCGCCAAAACAGAAGGCACCAAGUAAGAAAUCAGAGGAGGGCAAUAUAGACCUAUAUCCCGCUCUCUCUUCAGAAUCUUCUUUCUCUUCUAGUUUAUCACUUUCAUCCACUCCCCGAACAAAACGACCCAUCUUUAAACCUCUCGCAUCACCUCCUAUAUAUUCCUAUCCUAAAACUCCAAGUCCUCCAUUGCAGCAGCAGCAAUCAACAUUUUUCUAUGUUGAUCAAAGUGGAAAUCAAAUUUGGAUUUGUCCUGCGUGCGGAAGCCAAGACGAUGGAUCACCCAUGGUAGGAUGUGAUGAUUGCGAUGCUUGGUAUCAUUGGGUGUGCGUUGGCAUGCAAGUCCCUCCUGCUUCAAAUGAAGACUGGUAUUGUCGUCAGUGUCUAUCGAAAAAGCAGGAACUUCAUCAUGACAAAAAGAAGAAGAAGGGCAAAAAGAAAAAAGUGAAAAUGCCCGCCUAGUAUAAGCUAACCGGGCCCGGGAUAAGGCCCGGUUUGUCAGUUACAAAUCGCGUGAAAGCAAAGACAAAAACAACUAGCAAAGAAGCUAUGAAAAAUUUGAAAGGUAAAAAAGUCCCUAAGAAAGAAAUGAAAAUGCACGUGAAGGGAAUGAAACUAAAGUCAAACAAAUUAGAUGCUAAAGAUAAGAAAAGUAUGAUUAAAGUGAAAAACACGAAAAAACUUAAGAAACUGAAAAAUCCAAAUUCCGAAUUCAAAUCUCAAUAGUAUCCACAUUUUGGUGUUUAAUUAAUCAAAUGUUGAUAUGUAUAAAAAAUAAUUAAACGAAGAAUAUUUUCAUCCGGAAAAAAAUUUAUGAUUUGGAACUUAAGAAAAAAAGUUAUUAUAAAAAAAACUCUUUUUCAAAAUUUAAAAAUAAAUCAUUUAAAAUUGUAGAAAGAAUCCAAAUUUUCAGUGUUUGUUUUUGCUUUUGAGAAAUAACUUGUUAAAUUUUAUAUAAUUGUUUUACUAUGUCAUGUAAUCUAUUUUCCUUGUAUAUAAUAUUUAAAAAAAUGUGUCUCAUUAUUGUUAAGAGAUAAUAGAAAUAGAUCGUGUACAUAUUACUUAUAAUACGUGGUUAUUAAGGAUCGACUACAAUAUUUUUAAAAUUUUUUUUUAUAAUUUACAUUUUUCACGUCAUUCAAAAUAACUAGUACACUACAUUGAAACUAUUUCUGUUGUAUAAUUAUUAUCGGUUAACACAAAUUAUGAAUGAACGAAUUUACAAAAAUUGUUUGCAAUUUCAUAUUAUUAAGAUUUUCAUUUUUUGCUCUCCUAUUUUUUUGUUUUUCUAUAUUUUUCAUUUAUAUAAUUAGUAAUUAAUGCCAAAUAUAUAAAACAUCUUUGAGACAUAUAAAACUUAAUUUAAAGAAAUGAAUAAAAUUUCUCGUUUUGAACUUGAUUAAAAUUAUAUAUUUUUUGUUUUUUGAAUUGAAAUUUAAUAUUAUCAGAAAUAAAUAAAUUAGGUGAAAAAAUGAAAUCGUAUUUUAACAAAAUUACGAUUAUUUAUAAUAAAGGUUUUUUAAGUAGAUUUCCUGUUUUGAAAAAUUAAAAAUUAUGUUUGCUAUAAAAAAUUUGAAUUUUUUUUUAUUUACCAAGUAUAUACUUGGGCGAUAUUAAAAAGUAUAUUUUUUUGUUAAACUAAACAUGUUGAUUUCUACAUAAUUCAUUAUGUAUUUUAAUUAAUUAUUUUCUAUAUUUUUUCUAAUAUUCUUCCAAAAACAAAUUAAAAAAAUAUAGACAUGAUUGUUAAAGUGUAUUACACUCUUUUUUGUUAAUUUUACUCAGCAAAAGUUGUUACUACGAAUGAAAGAAAAUUACAAUUUUAGAAAAAUUUUGUAUUUAAGGACGUCAUCAUAAUCUAAAGUUCUUAAAGUAAAAAUAAUCAAUUAACAUUUAAACGAAUUAAAUUUUAUUAUUGAUAGUAUUUUCUGGAAGAAUGUUUUGAAAAUAUGCUUAUUUGUUAAUAAAAAGUGAAAAUUUCCCUUUUAAGUAAAUAAGUAUAUUUUCAAAACGGCGUAUUUAUUUAAAAAUCUUUAGGAUGAAGUUGCAAAGCAUAAUUUUCUAAAGAAAAUAAAAGCCAUAUUAGAUUAAAAUCUAAUCAUUUUAAAAACAAAUUUUAAUACGAUAUUAAUCACCUGUAAAUAAAGAAAUACAUUUUGUUUAAGUUAGAUAUUUUUGUUCUCCUAAAAAAUAUUAUCAAUGAAAAUUGUUUAAAUGUUAUUAAUUAUUUUUGUAUAGAUUCUCUUUGACGAACCACAUUAGCAAAUGAAAAGAAAAAUCGCUGUUAAUAUUUAUAAGUUGAACUUAAGAAAGGGAAAAUAUUUAAAUCUUAUAUUAGGAAGGAAAAAGCGCAUGUUUAUAGUCGAAAGACUUUUUAAUUAGUAAUUUUUCAUUCGAAGAACAAGAAAACUAAGUAGCAAAUUGUUGUGAAACAACACAAAUUGUUAAAAACAAAAUAACAAAUUAACACAAGGCAAUUGAAUUAUCUAUAUAUUAGAUCUAUAGUAACAGAUAUGCAUACAAACAAUAAAUUCACAGUGUCAAAAUUGUUGAAUAGACGUAUGUAUAACUUCCAUAAGUGUAUUUUAGAAAAACUUGAAAAUGUACGAAUAUAAUAUAUAGUAUCAAAUAAUUUA